ACGUAUCUUAGAUGUUAUAUAAAUCAGUUAUCAUGUUUGGAACACUCAAAUGAAAUUUCAAACGUGAUUUAUUUACAUCAUAUCACUUUAUCUUUCAGGCUAUUUGAUUGUCGUCUUUUGCUCAAGAUUAUUGGAUUUAUUAUGAAAAACAUCAGGAACGUCAUUUUAUGAAAAGUGGAAAAAAUAUUGGAAACAAUCCAAAUUACUGCUAUUAUUUUACAUAACGUACUUACUAGAUUAGUUUUUGUGCGAACACAUUUUUGAUUAGAAAUUUUUGCAUAAUCGAUCGGGCUUUUUGUCAUAAGGAUACAAGCUAAAUUGUAGUAAACUAGUCAAUGACUUGUUUUACUGAUUAAGAUGAAUAGUGAUAUUAUUGUUAGCGCUCUAAAGGAGACGUACAAAGUUGAUAAAAUUAAGGAGGCAGUGAAAAUACUCGACAAAUUUCCAUCAAUACCACCAAAAUGGUUUGUAGACAGUGAGGAGGCUAGAAACAUCAGUAUAGAUUUGUUGAACGAUAUUUACAAACUUUCAAGAAGAAGACGCAUAAAUGGCGGUCUUAAGUUGGAAGAGAAUGGAACUUUGAAAUCAAGUGAAGACUGUGAUGUUAAGUCGAAGAGCCCUGUGAUUCGGUCACCAUACAUUCAAGAAGAAGAUAAAUCGACGUAUUGGAUUCCGAUUGAUGUUUUCAAGACUGUUUCACAAAAUCAUUUAAAAGCUCAAAAGAAAUCAAGCGACUAGUCUUUGAGAAUCUGUUUUGCACUUUUGGCUGACGAUCACUGUUUGUAAUUAAUAAAGUAUCAAUAAGAUUCUAGUUUUAUUACUUCCAGUAAAGAUAUGUAAGAAUGAUGUAUUAGUACCCCAUCCAUUAAAAUUCAUAUGGUAAUUGCAUAAGUUUCACGUAUGUUUAUUAAUAAAUAAUACGUUAGUAAAGCUAAAAAGUAUUAAUCGCAUGUAAUUGUUUGCUUUUUCUGUAACG